UUUACCAUUUGGUCAAAUCAUUGGCUCUUUGGUCAUUGCCUACAAGUACAGUGUUAAACUGACCAUUGAAACAGCAAAGGAACAACAUUGUUGUAAUUAGCGCGAGAACGGCAGUAUUUACCGUGUCAGAUCGCCUGUAUCGAAUGAUGCUUGAAGAAAAUUCGUAAGAGGAUCUUCUAAUGCUUUAUAUAGAAAACUGCAGACUCUGUCGGGAUUUUUUUGAAAUUCAGGCAAAGCACUUUGAGGCGCCCAAAAAGAGAGGGGAGGGGGGCAAAGAAAACGCCCUGUUGCUCAAAAAUCUAACUUAAUCGCCGUGUGGAGCAUGUAUGAUCUAAUGUGGAGAACAGUACCAUAAGUUUAUUUUUAAUUUUUAAAAGUGUGGAACACGAGGACCAGACGACCGUGCAAGUUUGUGGUGCGCUGCAGUUCCCUUUGGAAUAUUUUUUCCUCAUUGUGCACUAGCCUACAAUUGAGAGGCGAUUUCAGAGGGCGGCGAGUGGAAGACAGCUAGGCCCACGGCCAUUGCUUAGGAACAAAACACUUUUCUGAUGUAAACUCAUGUCUUUACACGGUUCGUCGUAUUUGUAGAAGCAGGCUCUAUUAAUUCCAAAGAUGUCGUUUGGCGCAGAGAGACGGAUGGAAAACCGGUUGAUAAAACUGGAGGCCAUGAUAAAAGAUCCACGGUCUGCGAUAAACUUGGAAAGUUUGCUGGAUUCCAUGAAUGCCUUGGUUUUAGAUCUGGACUACCCAGCUCUACGGAAAAACAAAAACGUUGAAACAUUUUUAAACAGAUAUGAGAAAGUCAUGGGACACAUUCGAGAGUUCCAGAUGAAGUCUGAGGACUUUGACAGAGUGAAGGUGAUUGGCAGAGGGGCCUUUGGUGAGGUGCAGCUGGUGAGACACAAAGCGUCUCAGAAGGUGUAUGCCAUGAAGCUGCUGAGCAAGUUUGAGAUGAUCAAGCGCUCAGACUCAGCAUUCUUCUGGGAGGAGAGGGAUAUCAUGGCCUUCGCCAACAGCCCCUGGGUUGUUCAGCUGUGCUGUGCCUUCCAAGACGACCGCUACUUGUACAUGGUGAUGGAGUACAUGCCUGGUGGGGACCUGGUGAACCUCACCAGCACCUACGACGUCCCGGAGAAGUGGGCCAAGUUCUACACAGCCGAGGUAGUCAUGGCAUUGGAUGCCAUCCAUUCCAUGGGGUUCAUCCACCGCGACGUCAAGCCUGACAACAUGCUCCUGGACCGGCAUGGACACCUCAAACUGGCCGACUUCGGCACCUGCAUGAAAAUGGACACGACGGGCAUGGUUCACUGUGACACUGCGGUUGGAACUCCGGACUACAUCUCUCCUGAGGUGCUCAAGUCCCAGGGGGGCGACGGUUACUACGGACGGGAAUGUGACUGGUGGUCUGUAGGAGUCUUCAUCUUCGAGAUGCUAGUCGGUGACACACCGUUCUAUGCUGACUCUCUGGUCGGAACGUACAGCAAGAUCAUGGAUCACAAGAACUCUCUUAACUUCCCAGAUGACGUGGAGAUCUCAAAAGACGCCAAAAAUCUAAUCUGUGCCUUCCUGACUGACCGGGAGGUAAGGCUUGGUCGUAACGGGGUGGAGGAAAUCAAGAGACACCCGUUCUUCAAGAAUGACCAGUGGACGUUCAACACCAUCAGAGACACGGCUGCUCCAGUGGUACCAGAGCUCAGCAGUGACAUUGACACCAGUAACUUUGAUGAGAUUGAGGAUGAUAAAGGCGAUGUAGAGACCUUUCCGACUCCCAAAGCGUUUGUGGGAAACCAGCUUCCCUUUGUUGGAUUCACCUAUUUCAAAGAGAACCAAUUACUAAAAGACUCAAAUAAUUCUGCAGUUGCACAUGAGAAAUCAACAUCACUGAUAGGCGAGUCGGCUGCUCUGCAGAAGAAGCUGCAUGAGGUUGAGGAGCAGCUGAGUAACGAGAUGCAGUCCAAAGACGAGCUGGAGCACAAGUGCAGAACUGCCAGCGCUCGUCUUGAGAAGAUCUCCAAAGAACUCGAUGAGGAGGUUAGCAGCAGGAAGGGUCUGGAGUCCAGCCUGAGACAGCUGGAGAGGGAAAAGGCUCUCCUGCAGCACAAGAGUCUGGAGAGCCACAGAAAGGCGGAGAGCGAGGCGGACCGGAAGCGUUGCCUGGAAAACGAAGUUAACGGUCUUCGAGACCAACUGGAUGAUAUGAAGAGAAGAAACCAGAACUCUCACAUCUCCAACGAGAAGAACAUUCACUUACAACGACAGCUGGAGGAGGCUAACGCGCUGCUGAGGGUGGAGGCGGAGUCAGCUGCCCGGCUGAGGAAGACCCAGACAGAGACGAGCAAACAGCUGCAGCAGCUGGAGGCCAACACCAGGGACCUGCAGGACAAGUGCUGCCUGCUGGAACACGGCAAGCUGGGCCUGGAGAAGGACUGCAUCAGCCUGCAGGCUGCUCUGGAGGCAGAGAGGAGGGAGCACAGCCAGGGCUCGGAGACCAUCGCAGACCUGCAGGGACGAAUCUCUGGCCUGGAGAAUGAAGUGCGGCAGGUCAGACAGUCCCUCUCAAAAGCAGAGACGGAAAAGAGACAAGUGCAGGAGAAGCUCACAGAUCUAGAGAAGGAAAAAAGCAACAAGGAGAUUGACAUGACGUACAACCUGAAGGUGUUGCAGCAGGGUCUGGAGCAGGAGGAGGCUGCCCACAAGGCCACCAAAGCCAGGCUGGCUGACAAGAGCAAGAUCACAGAGUCCAUAGAGGGCGCCAAAUCAGAGGCCAUGAAAGAGGUGGAGCAGAAGCUGGUGGAGGAGAGGGCUGCCAAGAUGCGGGUGGAGAACCGCAUGUUGGAGCUGGAGAAGCACAGCAGCAUGCUGGACUGUGACUACAAGCAGUCCCUGCAAAAGCUGGACGAGCUCCGGAGACACAAGGACAGGCUGACAGAGGAGGUGAAAAACUUGACCCUGAAGAUUGAGCAGGAGACCCAGAAGCGCAGUCUGACCCAGAACGACCUCAAGGUCCAGAACCAGCAACUCAACUCACUGCGCACCUCAGAGAAGCAGCUCAAACAGGAGGCCAACCACCUGCUGGACAUCAAACGCAGUCUGGAGAAGCAGAACCAGGAGCUACGGAAGGAACGGCAGGACUCUGACGGCCAGAUGAAGGAACUCCAGGAUCAGCUGGAGGCGGAGCAGUAUUUCUCUACGCUGUAUAAGACCCAGGUUAGGGAGCUGAAGGAGGAGUGUGAGGAGAAAAACAAGCUCUACAAAGACAUGCAGCAAUCCCUUCAGGAGCUCCAGGAGGAGAGGGACUCGCUGGCCGCCCAGCUGGAGAUCACGCUGACCAAGGCGGACUCGGAGCAGCUGGCACGCUCCAUCGCCGAGGAGCAGUACUCGGACCUGGAGAAGGAGAAGAUCAUGAAGGAACUGGAGCUCAAGGAGAUGAUGGCCCGCCACAAGCAGGAGCUGGGCGAGAAGGACAUCACCAUCGGCUCGCUGGAGGAGGCCAAUCGCACGCUCACGAGUGACGUGGCCAACCUCGCCAAUGAGAAGGAAGAGAUGAAUAACAAACUGAAGGAGACUCUCGAAGAGUUGGAAAGGUCGAUGGAUGGGGAGCAGCAGAUAAGCCAAAUGAAGCUGACGUUUGAGAAGCAGCUCCAGACAGAAAGGACACUGAAGACACAGGCUGUGAACAAACUAGCGGAAAUCAUGAACAGGAAGGAGUUGCGUGGUGGAGGCAGUCGCCGUGGUAACGACACGGACGUGCGGCGGAAGGAGAAGGAGAACAGGAAGCUGCAGCUGGAGCUACGCUCGGAGAAAGAGAAGCUCAACAGCACCAUCAUCAAGUACCAGAGAGAGAUCAACGACAUGCAGGCGCAAAUAGCAGAUGAGAGCCAGGUGCGCAUCGAGCUGCAGAUGGCCCUGGACAGUAAGGACAGCGACAUCGAGCAGCUGCGGAACCUUCUCCAGUCUGUAAACGUUCACUCCCUGGACUCCGCCAGUGUCAGCAGCGGGCCCGAGUUCGACACUGACGACUCCUACACAGAAACAAGGUUGGAGGGCUGGCUCUCUCUCCCUGUACGAAACAACACCAAGAAGUUUGGCUGGGAAAAAAAGUAUGUGGUCGUGAGCAGUAAGAAGAUUCUGUUCUACAAUAGUGAGCAAGAUAAGGAGCUGUCAAACCCCUACAUGGUGCUUGACAUAGACAAACUCUUCCAUGUUAGACCUGUCACCCAGACCGACGUGUACCGAGCAGAUUCCAAAGAAAUUCCAAGGAUAUUCCAGAUCCUGUACGCCAACGAGGGAGAGAGCAAGAAGGAGCCGGAGUUUCCUGUUGAGCCUCUUCCCAUUGGAGAGAAGUCCAGCUACAUCUGCCACAAGGGCCACGAGUUCAUUCCCACACUCUACCAUUUCCCCACCAACUGCGAGGCCUGCACCAAGCCUCUGUGGAACAUGUUCAAGCCACCGCCCGCCCUGGAGUGCCGGCGCUGCCACAUCAAGUGCCACAAGGACCACAUGGACAAGAAAGAGGAGGUCAUCGCACCCUGUAGAGUGAACUAUGACGUGUCGACAGCCAAGAACCUGCUGCUCCUAGCCAUCUCCCAGGAGGAACAGCAGAAAUGGGUGGGCCGGUUGGUAAAGAGGAUCCCUAAGAAGCCUCCUGCUCCCGAGCACUUUGCCCGCUCCUCUCCCCGUGCCUCCAUGAAGGUCCAGCCCAGCCAGUCCAUGAGGAGACCCAGCCGCCAACUACCCCCCAGCAAGAGCAGAAUUAUCGACUUUGGUCUUCAGGACUGGCACUGGGCAUUGGAUGAUGUCGAUGACGAUAUUGAUGGGGAUUUUUCUUUUAAUUUCUGAUGAAAAGAUAGGGUAUGGUAACAUGCGCCGGAAUCUUAGAUUAUGAGUUUAAAGUGUGGCGUAUGUUUGGUUGCUGUGGAACACUUGACUGCUCGCUCUUGGUGUCUUUCAAUCUUCGAACAUUUUUAGGUUAUCGAUCCAGAAACGGUUCCUUCUAGAAGUUCAGUGUCUGUGUUUCGCUGACCUGUACUUUAAUACACCUCCAGACAUUCGUCGGUGCUUCAAAAGCCUAGUGUAAUAUCAAUUGUAUUUGAGAUGUAGUUAUGCAAACAAACUAUUUUAAUUGAUUUUCAAUUCCGCGUACUUGGUAGUACGUUU